AUGUCGCUCCCUUCCCAAGGGUCUACCGCGCCAGCAAUCACCUCGCCUUUGCUGGCCUGGCCCUCUUUACCGACGACGCGGUCUCCUCUUUCCACUCCUCCUACCUCGGCGUCGCUAUACGACACGUCCAUCUCAUCCAUCUACUCGCGGCAACCACUACCGGCGUCUCGGAGUCUAGCGUCUAGCCUGACACGCGCAGACACCUGGAACACCUUUGCGGGAGACAAGAGGGGAAAGGGAAAAGCUAUAGAGCCAAUCGAAGCCAGACCAGAAAGGCACUACGCCCCCCCUAAACAACCCCUCACGCCACACCAGCUCUCCCGCAUCGCCCAAUCGUUCGGAAUCAUCGUCCCCUCCCUUCCUCCCCCAAGUCCCAGCUCGCCCGCCGCCGGGCCGUCUCGACUCCGGCUCGACGCACCCUCUCGUCCCUCCCCAUACCUCCUCACGGUCAUACCACCCCUCUCGCUCCUCUCGCUCAAAUCUUUAUCACCGGAAGAAGCCGACAAGCGGACGCGGCGAUGGCGGCGGGGUCGGCUCAUUGCUCUCCAGCCGAGUCUGGCGGGGAUGCUCGUUGCGAUAGCGAGGGAGUUUGGGUUGCCAAAUACGACCGGGCUGCAGGUGUACAUGGGCACCUCGGCGUCCAGCGCCAGUAGCGCCGCGUCAUUCUCGUCGGACGAUCCCGGGCCUCAGAUCUCCGCGUCGUCCUGGACGGCGUUGUUCGGUCCUCAUCUCCACGGCUCGGUCUCUUCGCGAUCCACCACACCUACCGAUACACCUACCAAACCAUCCGGGUCGCUCGGGCGGGAUAUUCAAUUCCCCCUCUCUCCGCUCUCCCUCGUCGAAAAGAAGCUAGAGCACGAGCGUCUCAAUCGGACCCAUCACCGCUUGAAAUCAUUUUCCAGCGCUGCGCCCCUCACAGCCCCCUCGGUCCGGUCGCUCGGCUCGGACUACCCUACCCCUCCCCCAACAGCGGGCGCCAACCCUAUCAUUGGCACCAUCGAGUUCGACGUUGAUCCAGAUCUCGCAUCCUGGUAUCCCGAAUACCGGCGGAACGGUCGAUACCGCAAGUCCUCUACCUCGUCCGAAAGUGGGAUCCGGCCACUCCGCCUGCCGCAGCACCUCUCCGCGGCAAGCCCGUCCUUUGGUCCAAGGCGGAGUCAGUCUCGCACGCAGGCCCUGCGCAACUCGGACGAGUUCGCGUCAGGCGAUACCACACUCAAUGACCACGAGGAGUAUCGCCUGAAUAGGCAGGCGAGCGGGAAAGACUUUCCGGCGAUCCAGUCGAGGGCGCCGGAAGGAAGGCGGCUGAGCGUGCAGCGGAACGGAGGGGUACUGUCCACAUCGGGAAGCUUUGGGGAGAUGACGGAUCCGAAUGUCUCGUUUGGGAGUAGUAGCGGGCGAAACGGCGAUCAAACCAGAAUGGACGUCCCAGAGAUCAUGCUCCACUCGCAUGGGCUGUUGACGCCUGUUGGGAAGGUCAGGGAGCGGGACGGUGACGUCAAGCGGGGAAGUGCAAUGGUCAUGUCGGAGCAAUUGGACGAUUUGGAGCGAAUCAUGCGCCAACUCUCGCCUCGGGAUAUUCGGCUUACAUCCCCCCGGAUGCUCACUCCACGCAUGGCCGCCAAGGUCGCCACGUCCAAACUGCAAUUCCCGGUUGAGCCUCCCGCCCGCGCCCCCUCCACCCUCUCCAGAGACCCUAUCAAUUCCGACUACCCCUCCGCACUGCACUCCUCAGCGGCCGCCUCUUCUCUCACCGUCAAUACCAUCGCGACCCAAUCCUCUGUCCCUUCGUUUGACGCCACGACGCUCUCCCGUCCGCCUCUCGAAGCGGAGUAUUCGGACGCCGGGUUGCCUCUGCCUGCUUGGCCGGCUGUCCCUUUUGCAAAACUCUCGGAAUCCCCCGGUUCACCAGGAAGUAUCCACGACUACUUUCGCGCACAGACUAUUGCUCCCUCAUCGCCCAUAUCACCGGAGACGCUCACGCGUAUGCGGGUCCCUUCUCCCCCUGAUUUUCCGGGCCGCGCACCACGGCGUCCCAAUCGCCCGCCGAGCCCCGACCUCACUGACAGCUCCAUCCCCCACCACUCCCUCCCCGCGGAAUACGUCGAACAACUCCACGCGGCUCGGUCGCCAGGCGGGACCGGAGCUGGUGCGCCGGCGUCACCCGGUCCCACGAGGCUGAAAUCCCGCUCAGGCUCUAUCAGCCUCAAAGGGCUCAAAAUGGGGUCGAGGAACUUUGGGUGGAAGCGCUCUGAGCACGAGAAGCCCCCGCCUCCGGCGCUACCUUUGGGUACGCGACGAGACGGGGAGAGCGAGGGCGAGGCGGUGGGGCUGUUUGGGACGGGCGAUAAGCUGUCACCUACGGAUUCGACCUUCCCUUCG